AGAGGGCCCCACCCCCAAACUAAGAGCCACUGCUCCAGUGUAACAUCAAGAACAUCGAUCUCCAAAGAAGCACAUCAAAGCACCAGUAGAACAAUCAUCCCUGAGAGUACGGACCCCGACCCGGGCGCCUCGAGCUGCAGUGACCGGACUAGUAAAGAUCACCGUGAUCUUCUGAUGAGCUUUAAUCACCGUUAAUUAAGCUCAUUAAUCAGAGUGAUGAGCGCGAGCUGCGAGAGAUGGUCUGAGCGCGCGCUGAAGUGGAGGGGAGAGGUGCGAGUCAAAGCUCCUCCCCGCUGAUUGCUCGGAGCGAUUCGGUCGCAUUGUUUGAGAGCAGCGGAUCAAACGCCCCACACGGAGACCCUCCUUUUCUCAUGGUAAUAAAGUGUCUGCCUCUCAUUCACACGCGAGUUUCUGUAAUGCAAAGAAGUCGAGCGCGCACGGAGACUCCACAUCGCCGAGAGAGCUUACGAGCGAGGAGCGCGCGGUCUUGGAGAGACACUCCGGAAAGGCGGACGCGGGCAGCUGCCGAGUGAGAUUGACGCGGUUUGGCCGAGGGUUUUGACCAUGCUCGCGUCUGCACGGUGCGCGGUCGCGCUGGGGCUGCUGUGCGCCGCGCUCUCCGCGGGCGCGUCGCUGUGUCCCGCCGGCUGCGAGUGCUCGGAAGCCGCGCUCACCGUCAAAUGCGUCUCCAAAGAUCUGCGGGACGUACCGAGCGGCAUCCCGAGCUACACCAGAAACCUCUUCAUCACCGGAAACCACAUCGGCCAGAUCGGACCCGAGUCUUUCCAGGGACUGGAGAACGUGACCAAUUUGUCGCUGUCUAACAACAGGAUCUCUGAGGUGAAGUCUCGCACGUUUUCCAGCCUGCGGAGCCUCAGAUCGCUGGACCUCAGCAACAACCAGCUGGCUGUCAUCCAUCCUGAGGCCUUCACCGUCCAGAGCCGUAUGCUGAGGGAGCUCAACCUCAGUCGGGCUCUUUAUAACCACUCGUCCGUCAUUUUUUUAGCCACCUCUCUUCGGUGGAGCAGCCUGGAAGACCUGCUGGGACUGGACCUGUCCAGUAACGGCCUUGUCUACUUGCCCCCGGGUAUAUUUUGCCAUCUCGUCGGCCUGCGGCGCCUUCACCUUGGCAACAACUCCAUAGUGUCCAUCCAUAACGGGACGUUCACGGGACUGGAUCACCUCCAGGAGCUCGACCUGACCCACAACGCCCUCAGGACCCUGCGUGAGGAGGCUUUCAAAGAGCUUGAGCAGAUGCGUUUGGUGCGGCUCCACCUGGCGGAGAAUCCUUACACCUGCACGUGCGACAUCGAGCCGUUCGCCGCCUGGGUCAAUGCCUCCCGGGCGCGAGUGUUGGAUGUCGAGCGCCUCACUUGCGCCUUUCCAGUGGCCUUGCAGAACACGUCGCUGCUGACGGUGGGCGAACUGGAGCUGGGUUGCCAUAAGGCGGGAGAAAGUGACAAUAUCGCACUGCAGACCUCCUACGUGUUCCUGGGUCUCGUGCUGGGAUUUGUCGGUCUCAUGUUUCUCUUUGUGCUCUACCUGAACCGAAAAGGUAUUAAGAAGCGUAUCUAUGACAUGCGCGACGCAUGCCGGGAAGUCUGGGAAGGGUACCACUACCGAUACGAGAUCGACUCCGAUCCCAGAUUGUCGCAAGUCUCUACAACGGCUGAUGUGUGAGCUCACCCGUGAACUGAGCUCCUUGUAUGGACUAGUUUUCUAUCGCAUUUAUAUUUGGGAAAACGUGCAUUUGUGUGACGAACGGCGUUGGGGGUUACGUAAUCCGAUAACUUUUUAAAGUAACUAAAGUAAUGCAUAAUUUACAGUGAAAUAUCUGAGUUGCUUUUUCAACUAAGUAAUGCCAGUUACUUCGUUUGACAGCUCCUCUGUCCGUAAGUUAAGAGAAAAAUUGGGAGUCCGGGGCUUACUGGUGUCCUCAACGUUGCCCAAAAUGUCCCUUUUGGGCUUUAAGGCGCGAAACAAAUAAGCACGCCCAGCAAAGUAACACUAUGGAUUACUUCCCAUAAAAGGGAACUAAGUAAUUCAGUUAGUUACUUUUUUGUGGAGUAAUGCGAUACGGUCUUGCAUUACUUUUAAAAGUCUUAAACGUGUAGAUAUAAGUAGGCACAUUUCUUGUGAAAAGCAUGUACUGCCUGUCUCAUUGAAGCCUUUAUAACAAGCACACCUCCCCCUCAAGUCUGCACAGAAUUGGCCCCGAGAUGCAUUUGCUUCUCACUCAUCAUGGGAUGUUUGAGGAUUAGCCCAAUAAAGGGGCAGAAGCCAUAAAGUAACUCUGACCACCACCAACAAACCCCUCACUACUCUCCAUUGUCCCGUACUGGAAUAUUGCCCACCUUUCUGGUGCUCAAGUGCCUUGUUCUUUGGAUUUAAGAGGCUGGACAGCUUCAAAAGGGGACAAAAAUAUAUAUAUAUAUAUAUAUAUAUAUAUAUAUAUAUAUAUACACACACAUGUAAUAUGCGGUUGUGAAGUUUUGAAAACUGUUUUAUUGCAUGCUCCUGCAACCCUGUUUUUAUGGAAGCGAAUGCAGUUUUUGCGCCGGACCCCGAGCGACCGUAUUAGCAGCCUUCUGUGGUCCUUUCUGUCCCUCUAUCCACAGGGAGUCUGCGAAGAAUGUGCCGGAUUUUCUCUCCAAAAGCAUUCCAGCAGGAGGAUAACCUCCUCUAAGCUCUAGAAGGAGGAUCUUUUGAAGAAAGAGACCCAGUUUGCAGAAAUCUCCGGCUGCUCAAAAGAGACGUUUUGCUUUGUUUUUAUUCCACUCAUUUUUAUUGUCAGAAUGAUGAGAACCAGCCCUUACGAGGGCCGCUGAGCGAAACCCCUCCUCCGUCAAGCCUGCUCGCUCUUUGAAGACUCAGUCUGGCUCAGUUCCUCAUAUGUUCCCCAGCUUUUUCUGUUUAAGGGACUUUACGGUGAUAAGAUACAGAUGAAGCCGGGGCUGAACGGUCCCCUGCUCUGAGUUUCUGAGUACUGUUUCCAAAUGUGCAAGACUGAAAAGAAAUAUGCUUGAUGUGUUGUGCCAAUGUGCUGGACUUCACUUAACUGUCUGGAUAACAUGAUUUUAUGCAGCAUAUGUUCGUCAAAAGAUAGUUAGUUAAUAGUCAAAGACUAUUUGGUCUUUGAGUGAAUCUCACAAAGACUGUCAGGAAUUUUCUUGUGUAAAUGAAUUUCUAUUUCAACUUUUCAAGAAGAAAAAAAUAAAUAUUUUGCAUAAACCAAAAGGCUGUUUUUUCUUACUUUUUGCAUUGUGACUAUUUUAAUGGCACAGUGCAUUUAAUGUGAA